AUGUUAAGAUUUUUAAUAGCCAUUUUAGUGAUGAUCACUUUACUUUCAAAUUUAAAUGGGGUAAAUGGAAAUGAUUUUUACAAAUGUUUGCAUCAAUGCUAUGAAAAAAGAAAUCCAUAUUAUGCAAAAGAGUGUUUUGUAAACAAUACACAUAUAGAAUGUAAACAAUUAUUAAAUGAAUGUUUAAAGGAAUGCAGAGCUUAA